AUGUCUCCACCCAGACGCAUCGCGAUCGUCGGCAGUACAGGUCUCCUCGGUUCAGCCGUCGUCGAGGCAUUCCUAGACAAGAGGGAUCUCUUCGACCUUACGCUCAUCACCCGAGGCAUAUCGACUCGCAAGCCACGCUCGGAUGUUAGGACUGUGGUUGUCGAUUUCGAGGACGUUUCGGAAAACAGUACUCUUGUCCAAGCUCUGCAGGGCCAAGAUGUCCUUAUCUCGACUCUGAAUUCAGCAGUGGCAGUGAAGUUGGAGCCAAGAUUGGUUCAAGCUGCCAUCCAAGCUGGAGUCAAGCGCUUCAUGCCGUCCGAGUACACCUUUGACAUCACUCAUUCGGCAGCUCGGUCGCUCGGAGAUGGCAACUUGAUCGGCGAACGAGUGUCUUGGGCGGAUGGUCUGAGCAGAAUUGCCUCCGAGGGGCAUAUUACCUACACGACACUUAUUACGGGUGGCUUUCUCGACUGGGGACUUAGAGGCGGCAUGCUUGGUUUUGACCUGGCGCAGCAAGAGGCCGUAUUGUACGAAAAAGGGGAACAUAAAGCCACAGGGUGCACAGUAGGGUUCGUUGCCAAUGCCAUUGUUGCUUCUUUACUGUUGCCGGACGCCGAGACGAGGAACAAGCGCAUCUAUGUUGCUGAAGUGGAGUACACGGGUCAGGAAGUGCUGGAGGUAUUUCAGCACGUCACAGGCAAGACGUGGAAAGUCACUGAAGUGAGUGUGGCGAGUACUCUGGAAGAAGGUCAUCAGCUCCUUGCACAAGGAAACCGGAGAGGAGCAUAUGUCAAUUAUGCUGUGGCCUUGAACUUCAAUGGCUGUGGGGCCGGGUAUCUCGUGGCUGGGCUGGACUUUGGUCGGACACUGGGUUCUCUAGGCCUGGAACGACAGAGUCUAGAGAGCAUCAUUCGACAGGUGACCAGGGGUAUCCCCGAGACAAUGGGGGGAGAUCAUAGCAAGUGA